CAGAGCCUGGCGCUGAGGAAGGAAUCUGGCAGUCGAGAGCUGACUCCAGCCGACGGAACCUGCAGCCCUUGCUCCGGACAGCAGCGCGCCGGGCAGGAGUCCGGGAUAGCGAAGCGCAGAGCAAUCAGCAGAGCCUGCCCGGAGCUCCGUGCAACCGGCAACUCCGACCCACAUAGCCCGCCGAGCUCCCGCCGCCGGUCCGGGCAGCAUGAGACGUGCGGCGCUCUGGCUUUGGCUCUGCGCGCUGGCGCUGCGCCUGCAGCCUGCCCUCCCGCAAAUUGUCACCGCAAAUGUGCCUCCUGAAGACCAAGAUGGCUCUGGGGACGACUCAGACAACUUCUCUGGCUCAGGCACAGGUGCUUUGCCAGAUAUGACUUUGUCACGGCAGACACCUUCCACUUGGAAGGAUGUGUGGCUCCUGACAGCUACACCCACAGCUCCAGAACCCACCAGCAGGGAUACCGAGGCCACCCUCACCUCUAUCCUGCCGGCUGGAGAGAAGCCUGAGGAGGGAGAGCCCGUGGCCCACGUGGAAGCAGAGCCUGACUUCACUGCUCGGGACAAGGAGAAGGAGGCCACCACCAGGCCUAGGGAGACCACACAGCUCCCAGUCACCCAACAGGCCUCAACAGCAGCCAGAGCCACCACGGCCCAGGCAUCUGUCACGUCUCAUCCCCACGGGGAUGUGCAACCUGGCCUCCACGAGACCUUGGCUCCCACAGCACCCGGCCAACCUGACCAUCAGCCUCCAAGUGUGGAGGAUGGAGGCACUUCUGUCAUCAAAGAGGUUGUGGAGGAUGAAACUACCAAUCAGCUUCCUGCAGGAGAGGGCUCUGGAGAACAAGACUUCACCUUUGAAACAUCUGGGGAGAACACAGCUGUGGCUGGCGUCGAGCCUGACCUUCGGAAUCAGUCCCCAGUGGAUGAAGGAGCCACAGGUGCUUCUCAGGGCCUUUUGGACAGGAAGGAAGUGCUGGGAGGUGUCAUUGCUGGAGGCCUGGUGGGCCUCAUCUUUGCUGUGUGCCUGGUGGCUUUCAUGCUAUACCGGAUGAAGAAGAAGGACGAAGGCAGUUACUCCUUGGAGGAGCCCAAACAAGCCAAUGGCGGUGCCUACCAGAAACCCACCAAGCAGGAAGAGUUCUACGCCUGAUGGGGAAAUAGUUCUCCCCCCACAACCCCUGCCACUCACUAGGCUCCCAUUUGCCUCUUCUGUGAAAAACUUCAAGCCCUGGCCUCCCUACCGCUGUGCCGUCUCCUCUGCACCCAGACCCUUCUGCCCGAGCGGUCUCAGGGUGUGCUGGGAAUUCCUUCUCCUCUGACUUCUGCUAGAAGCUUGGGUGCAGAGGGUUUCUUGCAUUUUGUCUUUCUACCACAGCCACGCCUGUUGUCCACUCUUCUGACUUGGCUUCUCCAAAUGGGAGGAGACUCAGCUCUGGACAGAAAGGGAACCCAACUGCUUUGGACCUAGAUGGCCUAUUGUGACUGGAGGAUCCUGAGGACAGGAGAGGGGCUUCAACAGACACGCCAUAGCACUUACCCAUAGAGACCAUUAGGGUUGGCUGUGCUGUGGUAGGGAAGGAGUCCAGGGCUCCUUGGAAUUCACUUCUCAUUGUGGGGAGGUCUACUUUAGACAACUUGGUUUUGCACAUGUUUCCUCUAAUUUUUCUGUUUUAGAGCCCCAGCAGACCUUACUUCUGGGGUAAGGCAAGUCAGUUGACUGGUGUCCCCACCUCGCUUCCCUAAUCUACAUUCGGGAGACCGCAUCGGGGUUAAAUAAGACUUUUCAUUUUCGUUUUUGUUUUUAACCUAGAAGAACCAAAUCCGGACACCAAAACGUAGGCUUAGUUUGUGUGUUGUCUCUGAGUUUGUCGCUCAUGCGUGCAACAGGGUAUGGACUAUCUGUUUGGUGCCCCAUUUUUGGUGGCCCAUAAGUAGGCUGGCUAGCCCAGGAUGCCAUGGAGUAGCCACCUCUUGACCAGUCAUGCCUGUGUGCAUAGACUCAGGGCCAUGGCCUUUGUGACAUUGGAAGAGCCUGUGUGAGAACUUCCUCCUAGAUUAGUCUAGGGAUGGAGGGGAGGAGACUGUAUAGUUUGGGAGGAGGGGUGACAAGGGUGUCCAAGACUCUCCCACCUUUGGUACUAACUCUGGUCACCCUUUCUCCUGGAAGUUGACAAGACACAUCUUGAGUAUGGCUGGCACUGGCUCCUCCAUCAAGAACCAAGUUCACCUUCAGCUCCUGUGGCCCUGUUCCCAGGCUGGAGUCAGAAAUGUUUCCCAAAGAGUGAGAGUCUUUUGCUUUUGGCAAAACGCUACUUAAUCCAAUGGGUUCUGUACAGUAGAUUUUGCAGAUGUAAUAAACUUUAAUAUAAAGGAGUCCUAUGAACUCUACUGUUUCUGCUUCUUAUUCUCUGGGCUGGUGGUACAGACGUAGCCAGCCUCUGCCCAAACCCGGGUAGCUCAGAGAAGCUUGGCUCAAGGCUACGUGCCUCCAGUCCUCUGAGGGGUAGGAUCCUGGAUCCAGGGUUCCGCUGGUUUGUUGUUUUGUUUUGUUUUUCUUUUGGCUAAACUUCUUUUGGAAGUUGGUAGGUUCAGCCAAGGUUCUGCAGGACCUGACGUCUGUUCUUCUAGAUGGUUUAAGUAAUCGGGACUCUAGCACAUCUUGACCUGGGGUCACUACAGCUAAGCUUGCUUUGCAGAGCAGAUACCUGGGACAGCCUUCAUCCCUCAUGGUUGCUGGGACACUUCUGAGGACUCCUUGCUUACUUAGCUCAGCGAUGUUCCAGCUGCUGGCUAGGCUGCUCAGUGGCGCGGCUAGACAAAAGAUCUGUGCCCUGUGUUUCAUCCCAGAAUUUGCUGCCAGAUCGUACGGCUGGAUGUGAUGUGGGGUGGGGUGGGGUCAGAUCUGAGACAGCACUCAACUGAGGGCUUGUGAGACAGUGUCCAAGUCUCAGGCUGGGGCCAUUCAUAUAAUUGCAAUAAAUGGUACGUGUCCAUUUGGACAGCAGACA